AUGACGUUGCCUGUUAAUACUAAACUUACCACAGAUGCUUCUAUGUCGCCAGACUUCCCAGAAGAAGCUCAAGUGAUAGAAGAUAUAACUCAUCUGAUACCUGCAGAAGUGAAAUGGAGAAAGCCUCUGAUGAUUACGCAAUCCUCAAAAACUAUCACCCCUUCUUAUUCUUCUUUAACUACUCUUAACGAUCUAGACGGGUUUUCAAUCCAAGACUUGAAGAAUAUUUUAGUUUGUUCCCAAGAGGAUUUGCAUGAUGUCUUGCAGCAAUUUUCGAUGACUUUACAAGAUUUCAAUGACACGAAGCUGCAGUUACAAAUGGAACUUGAUAACUUUAAAGUUCAAUGGAAUCAUGAAAUCGAAUUGAAGAAAUCUAUGAAAUCCACAAUCAACUCUUUAGAAUCAUCAAAAGUAUUGUAUGAUUUGAAAAGGGAAAAAUUGGAAAGGUCAAUCAAACAAUUGGAAACUAAGAUAGCAAAAAUGAACUCUGACAUGGAAGCUUGGGCCAAUACUGAUGAUAUUGAUAAGAAAAAAUCGACAUUAGACAUUAAAUAUGAAAAGAUGUUAACAGAGUUAAACAAUGAGAUCUCGGCCACGUCCAGGCAAAUAAAAACAUUACAAAAUGUGAUUAUAGAACAAGAGGACGAAAAUAAAAAACUCAAACAGUUAAAAAAGCAUAUGGAUAAUGAACCAAACGGUUCAGGAACGACCCAGGUUCAAUCAGCAGAUGGUACAACGAUCAAUUGGACUCAAGUGAUGAAAAGAAUUAAUGAUUCUACUUUAUCCAAGUCAGGGUUAUUGUCUUCAAGCGGUGAUGAUCUAUUGAAUACGUUACCGUCGCAAUCUCAACUAGUGCAAACUAUCAGAUCGGAGAUUGACAUGGACUCUAAAUUGGAUAAUCAAUGGAAAGCCUCUAAACAUUUGUUUAACAAAAGAAUUGACCAAUUGGAGAAAGUAUGGAAAGAUAUGCAGGCGGAAAAUACACAACUUAAGAAUGAACUUACAUUACAGACAUACUCGAUGUCUCAACAACCUUCACAACACGGUAUUAAUGGCGAUCUUGCUGGUCAGAAUCAACCCCAAGCGCAUCAAUUACGCCUGCAUGAUCCUUCCUCCUAUACAAAUUAUAAUACAUCUGGAUCUUUGCUGGCGCAGACCGUCGCUUCUGCUCCAUUUAGCUCUUGGCUGCAACAAGGACAGCAGCAGCAGCAGCAUAUUGACCAUAAUCAGAUUCCUCACUCACAUGAUCACGCCCAUAGUCCUCCUUUGUCAAGUCAUGAAACUUUUUACCACAAUACUGAGUAUGAGGAUUCCUCGCAUCUGAUCUCAGCUCUUGAAAACAUGGUUUCUGAUGUUGGUGACAAACCAAGAACAACGCUGUCCUUCACAAAUGACCAAUUGGAUGACUACUGGAACAGUUCGAGUCAAAUAUCUCGUCCUUUCAGUCCAUCAAGCCAGCAGCACCAUUUGCAGCAGCAAGCACCUCAACAUAUGGCGUCUAUCGGGUCAUCCCAAUCAUCUCUGUCGCCUGCCCCACAAUUCAAACAAUCCGAUAGAAACAUUUUGGGGGUUCUUAACGAUCCUCAAAAUGAUGACGUUAUCUCUUUCCAGUCAGCACUGAACAAUGGUCCAGCAUCAUCACCGAUGGUAAUUCCUUCUAAAAGCAUGCAUUCUGUGCCUGAUACGGCAUUUUCGCCAUCCUUCCACAGCAUCUGGAAUGACAGCACUGUUGCUUCACCACAUUCUUCCAACCAUGUGAGAACUGAUAGUCAGCAGAAAUCGUGGGUGUUUAACCAGCCUGUCGAAAUACCUAGCGAACCUGCAACAGAGAGACCAAAGGAAAGUUCAACUCGUCGAAUGUCUAAACUGUUUGCCAGAGGGACACAGUUGUUUAAAUUACCAAGUCAUGACUCACAGGCUAGUUAA